AGACAGAGGGUCGAUUAACCCUGCAGUCUUGGCGAGUGAGUGAGGGUGGGCAGUGGUUCCAUUCGUAUUUGCAUGCUGGGACCUGCCUGUAUGGCAACUCAAUUAUGUAUUGCCUAAAUUCAAUUAAAUGCAUUAUGGACGUUUCCUGAACACCGUCAGCCUACUGGUCGCUUCUGCGUUCACUUAAUAUGAAGCACUGACCGUGGAAUCCAAGUGGCUAACGUUAGUAAACGUAUUACUGGUCAAUUGCAUUUUGUGAGUUGUCCCUGGAUGAGCAGCUUGCAAAGUUGACAAGAUGUCGUUCCUGUAAGUGAAGCUGGUAGACUGACAGCGAGGUGAAAAUAAUAGAACUAUUUCCUAUGCUGUGUGCUUUUUAAAGCACGAAAGUAAAUGUCUUUAUUUCACCUAGCGUGGUUUUGUUCAUGAUGGUGGUCAUUAGUUUCAGUUCGAGAAGGGGCGUGUACGACGAGGGCUCGGAUACAGAACUAAGGCCCGAUGGCGCGUCCGACUCGGAGACCAAGACGGACACGGGCGUCCCCGAUGUCCCCGUGCCCGCAGAUGACACGCCCGAGGUCCUCAACAAGGCCCUGUCAGGACUGUCGUCAAGGUGGAAGAACUGGUGGGUGCGUGGCAUCUUGACGUUGGCUAUGAUCUCCUUCUUCUUCUUCAUCAUCUACCUGGGGCCUAUUGUGCUCAUGAUGAUCGUGAUGGUUGUCCAGAUCAAGUGCUUCCAUGAGAUCAUCACCAUUGGAUACAGCGUGUACCACUCCUACCACUUGCCCUGGUUCAGGACGCUCAGCUGGUACUUCCUGUUGUGUGUGAACUACUUCUUCUACGGUGAGACGGUGACGGAUUACUUCUUUACGCUGGUGCAGCGUGAGAUGCCACUGCGCAUCCUCAGCAAGUACCACCGCUUCAUCUCCUUCGCCCUCUACCUCACGGGCUUCUGCAUGUUUGUGCUGAGCCUGGUGAAGAAGCAUUAUCGGCUGCAGUUCUACAUGUUUGGCUGGACUCACGUCACCCUCCUGAUUGUGGUCACCCAGUCCCACCUCAUCAUCCACAACCUCUUCGAGGGAAUGAUCUGGUUCAUCGUGCCCAUCUCCUGUGUCAUCUGCAAUGACAUCAUGGCCUACAUGUUUGGCUUCUUCUUCGGACGUACUCCGCUUAUCAAGCUGUCUCCUAAGAAGACGUGGGAGGGCUUCAUCGGCGGCUUCUUUGCCACAGUUGUGUUUGGGAUCUUGCUCUCCUACGUGAUGGCAGGCUACAGCUACUUUGUGUGCCCGGUGGAGUUCAAUAAUGACUCCAACAGCUUCACAGUGGACUGCGAGCCCUCUGAGCUUUUCCAGCUGCAGGACUACACCCUGCCCACCGUCCUGGAGACCCUCACCGGCUGGUCGACGGUGCGUAUGUACCCCUUCCAGAUCCACACCAUCGCCCUGUCCACCUUCGCCUCGGUCAUGGGCCCCUUCGGCGGAUUCUUCGCCAGCGGCUUCAAGAGGGCCUUCAAGAUCAAGGACUUUGCCAACACCAUUCCCGGCCACGGCGGCAUCAUGGACCGCUUCGACUGCCAGUACCUGAUGGCCACCUUUGUCAACGUCUACAUCGCCAGCUUCAUCAGAGGGCCCAACCCCACCAAGGUGAUCCAGCAGCUCCUGGCCCUGCGUCUGGACCAGCAGCUGCAGAUCUUCAACUCCAUGAAGACCCACCUGAUCGAGAAAGGGCUGCUGCCCGCGGCUGAGGAGUAGGUGGCGACCACGGCACCAGGCACACAGCCUCCAGCCUCCAGCCUCCAUCCUCCAUCCUCCAUCUCCUCCCCCAUCUGCCUUGGUAGGGAUGGAGAAUGGAGGUCCUGCUUCCUUCACCUACACCUCCACCUCCUCCCCCAUCUGCCUUGGUAAGGAUGGAGGGGGAGGUUGGAGGAUGGAGGCCCAGCCUCCUCCACCUUCACCUUUUUCUGCCUCGCUAGCAGAGGUGUCAAAAGCCCAGUUCAAAAGUAGCCAUUCAAAAACCCUGCCAUAGUUUCUUUCCAGCACAGUUGACAUCACUAAGUACAUAACUGGACUUGCCUAGUUUGUGGCAGGGUUUUUUAUAACUUUCCGAACCAAGUAUUGACACCUCUGCUCAGUAGCAAUGGAGGAGGAGGAGGAGGAGGAGGAGGAGGAAGGAGAGAGGGAUUGAGACUGGAGGAGGAGAGGAGGGAAGGAGGAUGGAGGAGGCUAUCCAGGGCUUGGAUGGUGGACAUGAUGGUCGUAGUGGCGGUGGUGGCGGUGGUGGUGGUGGUGAUGAGACAAGAGUAUGAACAAAGAUCAAGGAGAGAGCGAGGGGAAGAUGAGUUCGACCAACAUUAUUACCCUCAUCAUACCCUCCAAACAAAACCACCCACCACUUAACUAAAAGCUUUGGGUCAUUCCGCGUGUGUAUGUGUGAGCGAGUGAGAGCUUUUGUGUGUAUAUGUGCGUGAGUGAGAGGUUUUUCGUGUGUGCGAGACUGUGUGUGAAUGAAUGGCUGUCAUGUUGUGCUGCCAUUUUUGAAUGUCUCCAUAGCCAGUGUUUGUUUGUUUGUUUAUUUGUUUCAACUCGUCAGUGUUUCUUUCUUUUUUUGUUGCUCUCCAGUCACUGUAUAUUUUCUGUGUCACUGUUUUUCUCCUGUGUUGUCAGGUAGAGAGCACCAUGUAUAGCCCUGCAGUGCACAGAAACACUCAUUUUCUUGAAAUUCAGCUGUACAUUUCCACGUGUAUACAGCACAAUACUAUAUAUUUAGUAUAUAUUACUAUACUUCUAUAAUGUUGCGCCUAACAUGUGAAGUUACAUGUUUUAAUUGGUUUGUUUUCUUUUUUAUUUUAAUGCACUGCUCCACGAGGUCACACUGUCACAGCCUGCCCCUUUUAUGUUUUAUGUGCUUUCUGUGCCAUUUUUGUUUCCUUUUAUGUGUAACGGUUUGGUCAGACAUUUCUUAGAAUGCAGUAUUCAGGUGUGUUUUGGUAUUUAAGUGGUCAAAGUUAACAAUCAGGGUCCUUCAUUCGGCCUGUCCUUUCUUGGUUUUCUUCGUAUCUGUAUUUUUCACUCUCUGUUUCUCUCAUGCCGUUUCUGAGAGUUUGAGGAUAUGAGGUAUUGGAGGCAUGCGGCAGAGCAGUUCUGUUGGCAUGGCAGCCAUGUGCAGUCCAGCACUGUGUAGUCACACACACACACACACACACACACACGCACACGCACACGCACACGCACACGCACACACACACAGAAGAUGGUGCCAUACGGAGUGUAGACUGGCAAGUGGGAGGGGAGUGUAGCAGACCAGUGUCACUACUGUUACACUGCUUGUCAUUACAGUUACAGACAGUUACAGUGAUUGUUACUGCUGUUGGUGCUUGUCACUACUGAUACAGUUCUUGUUUCCUGUGUCAUGAAGGCCAACUCCAACUGAGGUCAACCACACUCUGUGCUGUAUAGUGGUGGUGUAGCUAGCAUAUAGAGCACACUGAACUGACUGUGUCUGGCUGAGAUUGUGUUAAAUGGGUCACUCUCGCCCAAACGUCAUCAGGGCUGUCAGUGGUUGGAGAGGGUGGGGGGAAAGUUAAGAGUCCAGCUCUGUUGCUAAAUUGCUGAUGCUUUUGCUGGUUUGCUCUGUAGGUACGGCAGCAAUGACCACAUGGAAGAGCUUGAAAGUUUCCAGUCAUGUAUCGGAGCUUGAAAGUGAAGAGAGGUGUGAGAGAUGUGUGUUUGGUUGCAUAGUUGUGUUGACCUUGUACACAGGCCCACAGGUCUGCACACUCAGGCUAGAGGCGUGUCCAGGCUACAGCUUUGGCUAGGUCUCUGGCUUGAGUUACAUAGGCCUUUGCUUGUCCCAUAGUUGGUAAACUUGUCAUUUCAUUCGUAUUUAUUCACACUUCUUACUGAGCCAUUCAAAAAAAAAAAAGAAAUGGAACAGCAAUGGACAGUGUGUCGUUUCAAAUGUUUUGUUUACAAUAGGUUUCUUAAGUUGAUGGGUUGAAUUUUGUGUUUCAAAAUUACAGAUAGCUAACAAAACAGUACUACAGACUACCUAAUAUAUACCUAUUUAUAUAUAUGGGGGAAAUGGAGAGAGGAAAUGUACAGUGUUGAUAAUGAGUUGUGCUUAAUUUUGGCAGUGAAUCAGUGUGUGCUUCAGCUUGUGUAGCCUAUUAGCUGUACAGUCUUUUGCCGUGAUUGCUGUGUUAGCUAAAGUGAGCUAAAACCUAAGCUGUUUGUUUCUGUCGCCAAUAUGUCAAUCCUCCUUUUGUUAUGAUUUCUUGAAGGGACCAUCUUCCAACCCAAACCAAACUAAUCCAAACCAGCCCACUGAAAGAAAACCUCAGAUAGCCGAAAUGUGCGUCAGAAGCAUCCCAGGGUCAGUCAGGGAUU